UCAGAGCUAGCGACACCUUGAAACCGGUGCGUGCGCCACUCGACCACGGAGGUCGUCAUAAUCACAAUAGUUUUGUGUGAUAAGACAGAUAAGAACGCGUAUUAUUUUAUAUCAAUUUCACAAUUUCUGUACAGAAACAUAUAAAUCAUUAUUUUUCUAAGGAAUCUCAUCCAGCAGCCCUGCAAAGGAAAACAUUAAUUAUAAAAGUGUACAAGAAACAAGGUCUGAUUGUACUCGGCCAAUAUCCGAAAUUAUUUAGUUGCGGCCCCGGAUAUUUUUUUUGUUUCGGAUAUCGAUAGUUUCGGUUACGAUUACAGAGCUCCCUAAUACCCCUCGCUAGAUAUAAAACAUGCCAUCUUUUUUAUAACUGGCAUCAAACUGAAAGUCAACAUUAUCUGUACAGAGGGGACUGAAAAUACUUUCAAGACAGGGUGAUAAACUCUUGUCAUCUCUUUCUGUCUCAAAGAAAUUCAAAUAUAAAAACGGAAUCACCUUUUUAUGUUUCGUCUUUCGACCAAGGCUAAAGACAAGAGUAUCGUAAAGAGAUAUAAUUUGUGAUUUAUGCGAUUUUAGACUUUACUGCUUGGGAGUAGAGGUGGUUUUAUUAUAAAAAUGGAGUAAACUGCGGUCUGCUUACGGUUUUAGCGUAUUAAAUUCGAAUAGGUUGUAAACAAAAUGAUAGUUUUAUGAACUUUGAGCUCUAAAACAAAACUAUGAGAGUAUAUUUUGUCAUUAAAAGUACAAUUUUUCAGAAAGGUUUCAUUUUUACAUCAAACUCUUUUGCCAUCUCGUUGGUUGGAUGUAAAAACUACUUCUAUCUCUCAAUAUUCGUAAUAACUUGUGGUUCAACAUGUAUUUGUCUUCAAUACAUUUCAGGCAGCCGUUAUCCACACAUACAAGACAAGUCUUUGCUCCCAAUAAUUGGUUAGAAACGACAUUGUUAGGAGUUGAUGUGCUGAAAACAUUUUUGACAGUCUAUUAUCCAAUGCAAAUUAUCAUCACAAUUAAGGUGAAAAUAAUAUAAACUCAUAUUACAUGUUUUUGGUUAUAAUAGUACCAGCCUAGGAAAAGCAUGAUCAUUGAUCAUCUCUCUACUGGUAGGAGAUUCCAAAUAUUCUGAAUUUUUUAAGAAAUUACAUAUUACUUUGAAAAGGUCACGUUCUCACUUUGCCUGCGUUGGUAUCAAACUUGCACAUCUUGUAAAAAAAUCCACGACUUCGUUUUGAAAUGCAAAUAUUACGAUGAAUAUCAAAUACACUGAUGUCCGAUUGCCUUGCAUAAUAAUUCAGUUUGAAACGAACGUAAGAAACAAAAACGUGCACCGGCCUUCCCCAAGUAAGCUAUAAAGAGUUUACGAUCAAAAACACGAAUUGGAUAAAACAUUUACGCGCGCAUUGAAAAUAGUAAUAACUUUGGUACAUACAAAGAUGCUCGUCCCUCUUAUAUUUAUUUCAUAUACAGUAUCCUGUUCGGCAUCCCACUCAAUAUAUUACAAAGUGGUGCCCGGACACAUCGCCGACACACAACCGGUACAUGGAAACACAACAGAGAGCAUCGAAUCCGUUACCAAAUACAACGACACGAUACUCUUUGACACGUUCAUUAACGUUCUAAUAGAAGUCACUACGGAACAACUGAGGAACAUAAAGAGCAAUGUAAUGACAAACUACGAAUUGCAACGAGACGAUGUGAACGAUAUAAAACGAGCCUUCAAUAACAUCGAAGAGAAGUACACGGAGAUUCUUCACAAGAAGCUAGCGAAGAUGAUGGAAUCGGAGAACUUUAACGUGACCGACCAUUUCAUGAUCGACUUCAUGGACGUGUCAAACUACAUUUUAGAACGAGUACUGAAGUUCCACAUCAAGAAUGUGAAAGGGAAGAUGGUGUCGCACACGAAAUGGUACAAACAAACGCUUAAGGAGAAGAUAUUAAGGCAGCAAACGAAGAUCUCGUUCAAUUUCAUCGAGAACCACGUUUGCGAUACACUACAGAUUUGUAGAGACAGAUAUUACUACAGUGACUAUUUAAUAGAUUGGUUGAGGAGUCUAAUGAACGUCGGAUUCCGAGACCUGAAGCGAUUCUUCGUACCGGUCCCAGAAAUUCUGGAGCAGCACAAACAUUUCAUACAAUCCAACAUCAAAUUCCGUCAAACCAUCAAAUACAUAAUUAAUGCCGAGGCCUUAGUCAAGCGCGACACUUUGGACUUUAUCGACGAAGUUUUGACGAAUCCGGACAAAGUUCUGAAACUGUCCCCGGCAGCGUUGAAACCGAGCGUGACCCUACUUCGAGAGUUGUUCAGCCUGAUAGAUGGCGCUUAUGACGUCAACGACCAGAAUAUAGAGAAUCUGGAAAGCAUAACGGAAAUGCUAAGAGACUGGAUCGAUGGUAGCAAUUUCGAUAUACACAAAGUAUUGAACGCCAUAGUCGAGAACAUGAAAGUGAAUUUAAAAAUAUGGCCAAUAGACGUUCAGAGCAGAAUUUACUAUGUGUGGUCAGAAAUUAUAGUUUUGUAAAUAAAUGUUUUAUUACUUUUUUAUGGCGAUUGUUUUGUUCUUUCAUAAAUGGUAGGGAUGUGAUACUCUCUAACCGUAACCGAAACUAUCGGAUAUUCGAUAAUAAAAUUGCAAAUUGUUUUGGAUAGGAUCCGAAUGUAUUGGACAUAGUAUUACUUAUUAUUGUAGACUGAGCCGUCACAUAGUAACGUGAACAAGUGUUUAUUUUAUUUAACUUUACUUAACAAGGUUUGUUAUGUUCAUAACCGAAAAUAUCCGAAAGUUUUCUUGAUUUGAAAUUCUUUUCUCAAAACUCCGGCUGGACACAAAUCAGACUAUACCGCUAAUAAACGUGAGUAAAACAAAAAUUCUUUGAUAUCCGAAAAUGUUCUUUUCCCAUCCCUACUUCGACUUUACGAACGGUUAUUUUAGGAUUAUACCGUCGUGUUUGAGUGCGUCCUUAACUCUCGUGAUCUCAUAUUUGAUUAGUAUGAUCUACACUCGGGCUAGGUCAGAACCGAGCCGUAAUACAAUGAAUAAACACCGCUUACGUAAUAUCUAUAUUAAUGGAUACUUUUUCACAAAUAUUCUCUGCCCACGUUUUGUACCGCAAUUAAGUUUAAUUGGUCUAUAGUAAAGUUAUCUAGAAGUGACCUCAUUGUCUGGCUACCUAAUAAUAAUCUAUACUUCUAUUCUUACUAAUAUAUAAAGCUGAAGAGUUUGUUUGUUUGAUUGUAUGU